CCCCAAAUAACCCCCACUAAGACACCAAAACAUUGAACCCUUUUUGCUUCUCGUCACCCACAACGGUAUUCUUUCGUUCGAGUCCACACACCAUGUCUGAUGCAAAGGUCUUCUCGUUGGAGGGCAAGAGCCUAAAACUCGACACUGCCGAGGACAUCGAGCCCCAUAUCAAGGCGCUGAAGGACAACGAGGACGUGGAGGAGGUGCACUUUCUGGGCAACACCCUCGGAAUAGGCGCUAGUGAAGCGCUGGCCAAGGUCCUUGAGACCAAGAAGAAGCUGCAGGUCGCCAACUUCGCCGACAUCUUUACGGGCCGCCUCCUCUCUGAGAUUCCACAAGCGCUCUCCGCCCUCCUCACCUCGCUCCUCGCGCUGCCCAACCUCUACACCGUCAAUCUCUCCGACAACGCCUUCGGUCUCAACACCCAGGCGCCCCUCGUCGACUUCCUUUCCCAGCACGUGCCCCUCCGCCACCUCAUCCUCAACAACAACGGCCUCGGCCCCGCCGCUGGCGUCCUCAUCGCCGAUGCUCUCACCGCGCUCGCCGCCAAGAAAGACGCCGCUCGCAAAGAAGGGAAAGAUGUGCCCUACCUCGAGACCGUCAUCUGCGGCCGCAACCGCCUCGAGAACGGCAGCAUGGCCGCCUGGGCGAAGACAUACGCCGCGCACACGGGCAUCAAGGAGGUCAAGAUGGUGCAGAACGGGAUCCGGUCCGAGGGCAUCACGCACGUGCUUAAUCACGGCUUCGCGCACAGCACCGCCAUCGAGACGCUCGACCUGCAGGACAACACGUUCACAGCCACCGGCGCGAAGGCGCUCGCCAACGUCGUGGGCAAGUGGCCGCUCAUCAAGGACUUGGGUGUUGGCGACUGCCUGCUCAGUAGGCGCGGCGGGAUCGCCUUCGCAGAAGCCCUGAAGAAUGGGAAGAACACCAAGCUCGAGAUACUGCGCCUUGAGUUCAACGACAUCAACGCCAAGGGCGUCGCAGGGCUCGCAGCCGCCCUUUCCUCCCUCCCCGCCCUCCGCCGCAUCGAGCUCGAGGGCAACAAGUUCGACGCCGAAGACGCCUCCAUCAACACUCUCCGCGAGGAACUCUCCAAGCGCCGCGAAGCCGCGGGCGUCGACGACGAGGACGACGAGAAUUGGGGCGUGGGCGAGCUGGAGGAGCUCGAGUCUGAAGACGAGGAGGAGGAAGAGGAGGAAGAGGAGGAGGAGGAAGCCAAGGCCGCGCGGGAUAUCAUUGCAGAUCAGCAGGCGGAAGAAGAGAACGUGAGCCAGAAGAUCGACAAGGAUGUUGAUGAGCUUGCGGAUGCACUGGCGAAGACGGAGAUCAAGGCGAAGCAGGGUUGACCGGCAGACUCUACUACUAGGUAGCUCUACCCUGGUAGGGUGGCUUUGGGGAUGGCGUGUGGAAUGGAGGCAGACAGGUGUCUGAGUUUGGGAUUUGGGCUGGGGCGCAUGUGCAUACGAUUGACGAGAUACCACGGGCAGGAUGGGAUAGGAUAGGAUGGAAGCAAUAGAUUGCAGCAUUCAACCACGUACAACUCACC